AUGUUCAGCAAAAUCGUAGCUUUCGGCGCUUUCUUGGCAGCUGCCAACGCUUCUGGCCAUGGCCAUGCUGCUGUGUCCUCCCAAAGCAUCGUCCACCAUGGUGGAUACGCUGCACCUUUGGCCCAUGGCCAUGGAGCUCAACUAGCGUAUGCUGCUCCAGUGGCAUAUGCCGCUCCCGCUGCUUCUUUGGCCCAUGGUCAUGGAGCUCAACUAGCGUAUGCUGCUCCAGUGGCAUAUGCAGCUCCUGCUGCUCACUACGAGGGACAUGACACCUAUGCCCACCCAAAAUACGACUUCUCCUACUCCGUGGCUGACCCCCACACCGGAGACCACAAGACCCAGCACGAGAGCCGCGACGGUGACGCAGUCCACGGCUCCUACUCUUUGGUGCAGCCCGAUGGCUCCCUCAGACAGGUCCACUACACUGCUGAUGACCACAAUGGAUUCAACGCGGUUGUCCACAACUCUGCCCCUUCAGUGCACCCCGUCCAUGCCCCAGCCCAUGGCUACCACCACUACUAA